CUCUCCUCUGCUGUUCUCUUCUUGGCUGGCUCCGGAGGGCAUCGUCGUCGGGGCUGCCACCGGUCCCUCCUUCCUCCUGGGCCCCGAGAGGAGGCCCGCCUCCUUCCCUCCUUCCCUCCCUCGGAGCUCUCUGGCCGCUGGAUGCCUCCCGGGAGCAGCGCAGCAGAGCCAUGCGGCGGCGGAGGAGACGGGUCCCGCUCUGGCUCCGGCGCUUCCUCUGCUUCUGGCCGGCCUUCCUGGGACUCGCUUCAGGUUCUCGUCCUCGCCUUGAAGAUUCAUCUCCACGGAUAAUAGAACAUCCCUCUGAUCUCAUUGUGUCCAAGGGAGAACCAGCAACAUUGAACUGCAAAGCAGAAGGUCGUCCCACUCCUAUAGUUGAGUGGUACAAAGAUGGGGAGCGAGUGGAGACUGACAAAGAAGAUCCGCGAUCUCAUCGUAUGCUGCUGCCUAGUGGAUCCCUUUUCUUUCUGCGCAUUGUGCAUGGUCGGAGGAGCAAACCUGAUGAGGGAGUGUAUGUCUGUGUUGCCAGGAACUACUUGGGUGAGGCAGUGAGCCGGAACGCAUCUCUGGAGGUAGCCAUCUUGAGAGAUGACUUCCGGCAGGCUCCUAGUGAUGUGGUAGUGGCAGCUGGUGAGCCAGCUGUGAUGGAGUGCAUCCCGCCAAGAGGACACCCAGAGCCUACCAUUUCCUGGAAAAAAAACAAUAUCCGCAUCAGCGAUAAGGAUGAGCGCAUUACGAUCCGAGGUGGGAAGCUGAUGAUGUCAAACACAAGGAAGAGUGAUGCUGGAAUGUACAUCUGUGUGGCCACCAACAUGGUGGGUGAACGGGACAGUGAGCCUGCGGAACUGGUGGUGUUUGAGCGCCCCACUUUCAUCAAGAGGCCCAUAAACCAAGUGGUGCUUGCUGAGGAUACUGUGAAUUUCCAAUGCGAAGUGCAGGGCGACCCAGUGCCAACCUCACGCUGGCGCAAGGAGGAAGGGGAGCUUCCUCGAGGGAGAUCAGAGGUUCAGAAUGAUAACAGUUUACACAUCAGUCGGGUGAGCGCAGAGGACGAGGGGACCUAUACUUGUGUGGCUGAGAACAGUGUGGGCAAAUCGGAAGCUUCUGGCUCCCUCAGUGUCCAUGUUGGCCCAUUCCUUCCACCUCAAUUAGUGACCCGUCCUCGGGAUCAAAUUGUAACCCAAGGCCGAACCGUGACUUUUCAGUGUGAGACGAAAGGAAACCCACCACCAGCUGUUUUCUGGCAAAAGGAAGGGAGUCAGAUUCUUCUUUUCCCCAGUCAGCCUCCUCAGGCUAUGGGGCGCUUUUCUGUGUCUCCAAGUGGUGAGAUGACCAUCACAGAUGUGCAGACCUCAGAUUCAGGCUACUACAUGUGCCAGGCAAUUAGUGUGGCAGGAAGCAUCUUGGCCAAAGCCCUCCUGGAGGUGGAAGAUGUGACAUCAGAUCGUAUUCCACCAAUCAUUCGUCGUGGACCAACCAAUCAGACCGUUGCCAUAGAUUCUACAGCACAGCUACAGUGUCAUGUGACUGGGAACCCGCUACCCAGCAUUCAGUGGCUAAAAGAUGGAGAAAGGAUUGUGGGCAGUGACCCAAGAAUCAGUCUGUUAGACAAUGGAAUGCUGCAGAUUACAAACCUACAAAUUUCAGACUCUGGGCUGUAUGUUUGCAUCGCUACAAGCUCCACCGGGGAGACAAGAUGGAGUGGGUUUCUGGCAGUGCAAGAGAAUGGGGCUGAUCUCCAAAUUCAGCUUCCAGAGGCAAGCCUUCUCCCUGGACCUCCCUCUGCACCUUUGGUCACUGAUGUCACCAAGAACAGUGUUGCUUUGAUCUGGAAGCCAAGCCCUGUGAGUGGGGGCACUGCUGUCAAUUCAUACAUAAUUGAAGCAUUCAGCCAGUCUUCAGGUAGCACUUGGCAGACAGUGGCAGACAAUGUGAAGUUGGAGAAGCACACAGUAAGCGGCUUGAAUCCCAACACCAUUUACCUCUUCCUUAUACGGGCUGUCAACGCCUAUGGCCUGAGUGACCCCAGCCCUGUUUCAGAGCCAGUUCGUACACAAGAUGUGAGUCCCACCAGGCAAGGGGUUGACCACCGGCAAGUGCAAAGGGAACUUGGUGAAGUUGUGGUUCAGCUCCAGGAUCCUGUUGUCCUCACCUCCACCACCAUCCAAGUGACCUGGACUGUUGAUCGUCAAGCUCAGUUCAUCCAAGGAUACCGAGUGAUGUACCGUACUAAGGGCAGUGCCUGGCUGGUGCAGGAUGUAAAAUCACCUACGGAACGUAGCACUGUUCUAGUUGAUCUGCGCAAAGGCCAGGAGUAUGAGAUCAAAAUACGUCCAUAUUUUGAUGAGUUCCAGGGCAUGGACAGUGAGGUGCUCCUUGUGCGCACUCCAGAAGAAGUCCCAAGUGCUCCUCCUCAAGGAGUUACAGUGGUCACAGUGGGGACAAGCAACAGUACCAGUAUCAGCAUAUCCUGGGAGCCACCUCCCCCUGCAGAGCAAAAUGGGAUCAUCCAGGAUUACCAGGUGUGGUGCCUUGGCAACGAGUCUCGUUAUCAUAUCAAUAAGACAGUGGAUGGCACAGUGCAUUCAACAGUCUUGCUGGGCCUGGUGCCAGGCAUGGUCUAUCGCACUGAGGUGGCGGCAGCCACUAGUGCAGGUGUGGGGGUGAGGAGUGCCCCAGUGACCUUACAGAUCAAGCCUUUGCCAGACCAGGACACAGUACCUGUGAGCAGUGGGGACAGCGUGAGCCUUGCUGAGCAGAUCACAGAUGUGGUGAAACAGCCAGCCUUCAUAGCAGGCAUCGGAGGGGCCUGCUGGGUCAUCCUCAUGUGCUUCAGUGUGUGGAUCUACUGUCGUCGGAAAAAGAGAAAGGAGUUAAGUCACUACACAGCUUCCUUUGCAUACACACCAGCAGUGUCUUUCCCCCAUGCAGAUGGGGCCACACGGAGCAGUGGCAGCCGACCUGGCAUGCUUGCCAUGGCCACUAGUGCCUCCAGCUAUCCAUGGCUGGCAGAUUCAUGGCCAGCCCCAAACCUGCUUCGAAAUGGAAAAACAAAGGAACCUGGAGUGACCUGCUGCCCAGGAAACCACAAUGGCACUGAAAGAUACUACAAUGAUGCUGGGAUUUCCAAUUAUAUUGCUCAGACUGAGAAGUUUGGAACAGGAGUCUCCGAUGGGCCCAUUUACAGCACCAUUGACCCUGCCAGUGAUGACAUGAGGACUUUCAAUGGGGCCUUUUCACAGCAUACCACCCCAUAUGCCACAACACCUGUGGUGCCCUAUGGAGCUACCCAUCUCCACUCACCUGAUGAAGAAGAGAGUCAGUGGAACACACAACCUGGGAUCUCCAGCAUCCAGUAUGCCCAGCCUGAACGGGGCAGGGCAGAGAGUGUUGCUAAGCCUAUGAAACAAAAAUCAAUGGGGAAACCAGUGAAAACACCAUCCCUCAACUGGACAGAAGUGCUUCCCCCACCACCGUCUGCCAGUGAACUGAGCCAAUAUGUGGAAGAAGAGGAGGGAGAAGAAGAGGAAGAACUAGAGGUUAGCUCAGAGAUGGAAGAGUGGUGUCCACCUUUGCCAGAAAGGACCUACCUGAUGGAGAACAUCCAGGAAGAGGCAUGUCCUCUACCUCCACCUCGGGGCAAUGCUUCCUCUCCUGCUAAUUCUUAUGGACAACAGUCCACAGCCACAUUGACCCCUUCACCCCGGGAGGAGAUGCGAGCUUCUGAGGAUAUCCCAAGACUGCACCACUUUGAGAUCCCACAUUUGCCCAGGCGGAUACCCAAUGGCUCAGGGCCAUUACUCAGGGCCACAAGUCCUCCUUUGACUCAGUCCAACCCAAAUCUAAACAUACCUGAAGAGGGACCUGAAGGUAUCACUUCUAGGCAAGGUCAUCGACGUAACCUGAGCCAGACACCAGUGCAAAGUGCAGAGAAUGUGGACUCCCCAGGAGUAGGCAAACCCCAUCCUAACCUUGGAGAUACGCCUCUCCCUCCAGGGCAGAAAGCAAAAGGCAAGAAGAAAUCUAAGUCUAGCCACUACCGUCGAGAGAAGAAGCAGGGAGAUCUUCCACCACCACCCUUGCCACCACCUGAAGAAGACCUCAACAGCUGUGCUCCAGACAGCACUCCACGACUGGACGGUGACCCUUCUGCACUGGAGAAGGACCUGAAUGGUUCCUUAGCUGCAGAGCGGAAAGUCAUCCAUCGCACAAUGGCAGGCCAGCACUAUCACCAGCACAGAGAUGCAGAGGAGGAAAUCAUCCCUUACAGCAAGCCCAGCUUUCUCUCCAGAAGCCAAGUGUCAAGCAAUUGCUCCACAACAGGAAGUUCUUCUUCCAGAGGAUCAACAGCAUCUAGAGGUCAUGGGUCUGGGCGCAGUCGGACAAUAGGCGAACGCAGUGAGGAGAAAAGAUGAAACCAAAUGAAGUCGGCGUGAGAGCAGGGCCUUUGAAAUUGGCAUCUGUGGACUUUGGCCUGGGACAGGAUGGAGGUCCCAUGCUUCUAAUUUAUGAUCUUCCAUAAGGAGCCAUGCAACCUGUCCCCUUGUAAAUAAAUUUUGUCUGGCCGUUGGCAGUCCCUGGAAGCCAAGGAAGCUGUAUUUAUAAAUCAAGACAAAGGAACACUCCAGCCUUGGGCCUUUUGAGGUCUGUGAAGGGUUUUUUUUCUGGCAUUUCUGCACCUGGGGAGUUCAUGCCCAGUGGAGGGGGGUGGGAUUGGAGAAGGUGGUGGGGAUGGGUGUUUGCCUUCAGUCAUCCAGCUCAGGAUGGGCAUUGAGAAGCAGCCUACAACAUACCAAGCACAUGCACAUGCUCAGAUACUGCCCAGGUGCUCAGCCCCAAGGCAAGGAUCACCAAGGGGGUUCUUUGGUAGCUCAUGAAUCCUUUUGUAAAAUGACCAAUAAAGUUGUUUGUUAACCUGGA